AUGUUCUUCCUUGAGCUUUCAGAUAGCAGAUUUGUACUUGAUGAUAAGAUUGACAUUGCCCUAUAUUAUCUGAGAAAGAAGGAAUGCUACCACCCUCGCAACCAUCCUUUUCGUUGCACAACUACUGAUAUUCUUUUUUAUAACUAUAUGGUGCUUGUGUAUAAAGAUUUCAGUGAAGAUGCUACUGAUGACUUUUGGUGUGCUGGUGAUAAUCAGUUGUUUCUGACACCAUAUGUGUGGGGGGACAGCCGUAGAUGUGGAAUUGCUUGGACAGAGGUGGACAAAAUCUUUUUUCCAUGUCGGCUUCCUUCUGAAGAUGAUAAUGCUGUGACACACUUUCUUUUGGGCGUAUUGGACUUGAAUCAGAAAAAGAUUGAUGUAUACGAUUCCAUAUAUAGUGAGCCACAUGAGGCAGGAAUGAAUCACAUGGAAAUGUAUGCACGCAUGAUCCCCCACUUGCUAAAGUUCUCACAGUUUGACAAACAUCACAAGUCUUUUGGAAAUGCCUUCAACAAAUUUGAUAUUCAGUGGCAAAGAUCACCACACCAAACUGGAUCGACUGAUUGUGGUGCAUUCCUGAUCAAAUAUGUGGAGUUGUUGAUGAUUGGAAAGGAUGUGGAGAAAUUCCAACCUGAAGAAAUAAAAGACUUUAGAAAAGAACUUGCCGCAAAUCUUUGGGCACACGGUAAAUGGAAAAGAAAUUCUCGUUAUGAUACUCCACCAGAAAAUGUUGGCGAUGAUUAUGAGAGUGAAAAUGAAACUUGCUGUCCGAAGGAGUUGUAG